AUGACUUUUAUUGGUAAAGCAAUUCACGUUUCAAUCGAUUUGACACUUCUGUCAGUUUGCUUAGCAGGAAUCAAAAGAAAUACAGGACUACAAUUCCGAGUUGAUAAAGUAGAAGACACUAAUGUACAAAGGUACAUAAAUAAAUAUUUGAACUUUGGUGAAUCCAUUUAUGAUUAUUCAGUUGCAACAUGUGGUUCGUCGUCAUAUUUUUCAAGAAAAUGA